AUGAACUCCAAUCCAUCCACCCACUCUUACUGCAUCUCCACCAGCUUUGCAAACACUUUUUCCUUGGGACAUCUGCAGCAGCUCACGCGCCUGCAUUUGUCCAAAGCCCUUCUACUCCCCUCGCUACCAGACGACCUCUCCCAGCUGCACAACCUGCAGUCCUUGCACGUGUCGAACCACCGUCAACUGACUGGGGAGCUGCCUGAGUGGAUCUUCAGCCUCACAAACCUGACUUCACUGACUAUUUCUGAAAACAACUUCUCAGGCUCCAUCCCAGACACAAUUAGCAACCUCAAGCAGCUACGGGAGUUACGCCUUGGGGAGCAAAUACUGUCAGGGCCCAACCCGGAGUCAAUCGGAGCUCUCGCAGACCUGGAACUCAUAUGGCUGGAAGGCAACGGCUUGAGUGGCACCAUUCCGGCAACUAUAGGCAACCUCACCGCACUCACCACCCUGAAGCUCGUUCACAACAAGCUCUCAGGCUCCAUUCCACAGGCAGUCAGCAGCCUGAAGCGGCUGAAGCAGUUGAACCUCAACCAGAAUAAUCUCUCGGGCUCCAUUCCAGAGGAAUUUGGCCACCUCAGACAGCUAUGGGAGUUGAAACUCAGCGAAAGCCGUCUUGCGGGGACGAUACCUGCUUCAGUCACCAUCCUCACUAAUCUCGCAUACCUCCACCUUGACAACAACCAGCUUACGGGAGUGCUGCCCUCCUUCCAUCACAUGACCCACCUCACAUCGCCAGACAUGCUCUCUGCUGCUUACAACUACCUCACAGCCACAGCAGACGCCUUCCCUUUCAACACCUCCAGCCCAGACCCAGACGACCCGUCAGGAGGCCACAGCGCGUGUCUCUUCACCUACAACUGCCUUGAGUGGGUCUACUGCGGCCAUGGGCUGAGCCAGAGGCGUGACAGCGAGUGCCGGGCGUUCUGUGGGGUGCAAGCACAACCCCUCACCCCACCGUGCAGCGGCCAUGGCAUGUGCUCCUUUGUGUCGGACCGCUCUCUCGACAUGGCUCGCUGCUAUGAUGAGGACGAGAGGCCGCCAGACUACUGUGAUUUUGAGGGCCAGUGCACCUGUGAUGAGGGGUACACGCCCGGGGCUGCUGCUGGCACGUGCGUCUCUCAUGAUACCCUGCUGGUGCCUCAAGCCUCCCGCCCUCUCCUCAUUCAUCCUGCAGGUAACAACUUACCCUUUGAGCCAACAGGCACCUACCUUCCCUUUGAGCCGCCAGGGACUACCAUCGUGGGGGUGAUUCUGUCUGAUCUCCAGGCGCCUAAGAACCUGCUGCUGCUGUUGCUCCUCCUUCCACAGUUGUUGAUGGCCUUCUCACUGCCUCAUCUUCUAAGGCGCCUCAAGAAGCGAACCCCCACGCGCUACUUCUUUUCAAAGAGGGCCUUCGCUGCCCAGCAAGCUUCGAUGGGUGUGGAGAUCGCUUGCUAG